UAACUGGGUAUGAAGCAAUAAAGGCAAUUGGUUGGAGGAAUCCGACAGGUUUUCCAUUUAAUUUUCUUUCCCAUGGGAAAGAAGCCAGCAACGGCCCACAAACAGCCAAUAUUCAUCAAAGCAAUUAGAAAUUAUUGCAGUAAGAAGUUUUGAGACUACUCGUCAAGCUUUCAGACAUAAGACACCCAUUACUUUCUGCUUUCAGUGCUUGCCUACCCUUAACCCUUGCAUCUUGUUUCCUGAUUCAUCAAGAAAACAAUGGGAGACGCCCUCCUUUCUGCGUUCCUCGGAGUCCUGUUUGACCGUCUGGCGUCUCGCGAGCUGCUCAACUUUGCUCGCCAAGAAGGACUUGAAAAGAAGCUGGACAAGUGGAGCAAAAUGCUGCCAAGAAUUAAGGCAGUUCUUGGUGAUGCGGAGGAGAAGCAAGAUAACGGCGUCGAAGUGAAAAAGUGGCUGGAUGAUCUCAGAGACUUGGCUUACGAUGUGGAUGACAUACUCGAUGAGUUUGCCACAGAAGCUUUGCGACAGAAACUGACGGGAGGAAAUCAUGCCGGCACAAGUAAGGUACGGAACUUCAUCCCUGCUUGUUGUACUGGUUUCACUCCAAGUGCUAUUAAGAUCAACAUGAGGCUGGGGUCAGAGAUGAAGGUAAUCGCUGCUCGAUUCAACGAUAUGGUGAAGCAAAAAGAUGAUCUGAAAUUGAUUGAAAAUGUUGAAAGGAGAAGUUCAUACAGAACAAGGGAGGUACUGGCGCCUACUUCUGUGUUGACCGAAGCUCAUGUUUAUGGCAGGGAAAAAGAUAAAGAGGCUCUACUUGAAUUUGUGCUGGGUGAAAAAUGUGGGGAUGCUCAACUCUCUGUGAUUCCUAUAAUUGGUAUGGGGGGUAUAGGAAAGACAACUCUUGCCCAGCUUGUGUACAAUGAUGAAAAAGUUGAGAGCUUUUUUGAUGUGAAGGCAUGGGCUUGUGUUUCUGAAGAUUUCGAUGUUGUUAAGGUGACAAAAACAAUUUUACAGUCUUUCACCUCAGAAAACUGUGAGGGUAAGGAUCUAAAUGGGUUGCAAGUCAAACUAAAGGAGAAUCUGAAGGGGAAGAAGUUUCUAGUCGUUUUGGAUGAUCUUUGGAAUGAGAACUACCAUGAUUGGAGUAUCCUACGUGCUCCAUUUGAAGCAGGGGCUUCGGGAAGCACAAUUGUCAUCACAACUCGCAACGAGGGAGUUUCAUCAAAGACAGGUACCAUUCCAGCUGCUUACUCUCUGAAAGAGUUGUCAAAUGAUGUUUGUUUGUCUAUAUUGGCACAUCAUGCAUUGGGGACAAGAGACUUCGGUGCACAUCUAAACCUCAAAGACAUUGGUGAGGAAAUAGUUAAAAGGUGUAAAGGCUCCCCUUUGGCAGCAAAAGUACUUGGAGGCGUCUUGCGCAGUAAAAUGGAUCGUGAUGAGUGGGAAGAUAUAUUGAAGAGCAAGAUAUGGGAUUUACCAGAAGUGGAAAGUGAAAUUGCUCCAGCUCUUAUGUUGAGCUAUCAUCAUCUCCCUUCACAUUUAAAGAGGUGUUUUGCGUAUUGUUCAGUACUCCCCAAGGACUACUUAUUUGAGGAGAAGCAUUUGGUUCUAUUAUGGAUGGCAGAAGGUUUACUUCAACCACGAGAAGGGAAAAAACGAAUGGAAGAUUUGGGUAGCGAGUAUUUUCACAAUCUGCUGUCGAGGUCAUUUUUCCAACAAUCAUUCGAGGAUGAAUCGCAAUAUCUAAUUCAUGACCUCAUAAAUGAUUUGGCUCAAUGGGUUGCAGGAGAUAUAUGCUUUAAAAUGGAGGAUAGAGUUUGGGAUAAUAAUGGAAGGAAACCUUCUACAAAGGCUCGACAUUCGUCUUACCUGGGUGGUUACAAUGAUGGCAUUCAAAAGUUUAAGGUUUUUAACGAUCUCACAUGUUUACGAACCUUCCUGCCUCUUAUGCUUCCACGUCGAGGCAGGUGUUGCUUGACUAGUAAUGUUCCUCUUAAAUUGAUUCCUAAAUUACGACGCUUAAGGUUGCUCUCUUUGAGUGGAUACCGCAUAUCUGAGCUGCCAGAAUCAAUCGGUGAUUUGAAGCAUCUGCGGUGCCUCGACCUUUCUCACACUAAAAUCAGAAACUUGCCUGAUUCAGUAGCCACUCUCUACAAUUUACAGACAUUGAUAUUGGAGCACUGUUCUUAUCUAAAGAAACUGCCUUCAAAAUUUGGUAAUCUUAUCAAUCUGCGACAUCUCAACAUUCAAGGAGCAAAUGCAUUGGAAGGAAUGCCUCCGCAAAUGGGUAAAUUAACUUGUCUCCAAUCAUUGUCUAAUUUAGUUGUGGGAAAAGGUAUUUGUUCUGGCGUAAAAGAGCUAGGGCCUUUGUUGCAUAUUCGAGAGAAACUUUGCAUUUCAAGACUGGAAAAUGUGAUUAAACAUGAAGAGGCAAGGGAUGCUAGGUUAAUUGAAAAGCACAAUCUUCAUGGCUUGUCAUUGGAAUGGAGUGGCAACUUAAAUGAAUCACAACAUAGAACAAGUGAAUUUGAUGUCCUUAACAUGCUACAACCUAACAAGGGUUUAAAAGAGCUCACUGUCAAACACUAUGGUUGUGCAGAAUUUCCAACUUGGCUAAAAGUUCCCUCAUUUUCUAAUAUGGUGCUCUUGGAGAUUGAAAGUUGUGCAAAGUGCACAUCAUUGCCAUCAGUGGGCCAAUUACCAUCUCUCAAAGACCUUUUAAUCAAAGGCAUGGCCAGUGUGACAAAUAUUGGACAUGAUUUUUAUGGGAAUGGUUGCUCACAACCUUUUCGAUCCUUGGAGACUUUGCAUUUUGAGAAUAUGCAGGAGUGGGAGAACUGGAUUCCUUGUGGAGAAAUCCCAAAACUGCGCAAGCUUUCUAUUACAAGAUGUCCUAAGCUGGUGGGUAAGUUACCAAACAACCUUCCUUUAUUAGAAAAUAUUGUGAUAUAUGAAUGCAAGAAAUUGGUGGUUUCAAUUUCCAGCUUUCCAGAGUUCUGCAAACUAAAAAUUGAGGGAUCUGAAGGGGUGGUGCAUAGAGGUAAGGUUGAAUUUGACUCACUAUGCUUCUCGCCUCUUUCAACAAUUUCAGAAUUCACGUGUCGAAUAGAAGGGUUAAUUAUGGAAGAUUUGACAAACGUGAAAGAUUUGACGAUUCAAACUUGUGAGGAGCUUACGCCUUUGUGGUCAAAUGAUGUGGGAUUGCUACAAAAUCUACCAUGUCUUCGUCUUUUGAAGAUUUCUGAUUGUUCCAAACUAGUUUCUUUGGUGGAAAAAGAAGUGGAACAGCAGCUACAACUGGGUUUGCUAUCUAAACUCAGAGAAAUCGAGAUAAAAAAUUGCAAGGACAUGAAAUCUUUACCCAAGCUAAUGAUGUACAACAUGUAUAUUGAGUAUAUUCAUAUUAGUGGUUGUACUUCACUGACGUACUUUGCAAUAAGCCAACUACCUCCAACUCUAAAGCGACUAAGGAUAGAUCGUUGUAAUUUGCUGAAUUUGGUGGAUGGAGUUGAUGUCAACAGUUGCAGUAGCAACACAUCUCUUCUUGAGUUUUUGCAUAUUAAAGAUUGUCGAUCCCUCGUAUCCUUAACGUCAACCGAAGAAUUACCUGCAACACUUAAAGAGCUCCAAAUCGUGAAAUGUAAGAAGCUGGAGUCAAUAGCAAAGAGCUUCCAUCACAACUCGUCUCUUGAAGUCAUUCGUAUCAUAUCUUGUAGGAACCUUAAAUCCUUACCGAUGGGCAUAGAGAGCCUCAGCCAUGUAGAUGAGAUUUUUAUUUACAAUUGUCAAACUCUUAUUUCCUUCUCUGACAAAGGGUUGCUCCCUACCAACCUGAGAUUGCUUAGGAUUUGCGAAUGUGAGAAAAUGCAGGUCCUGCCCAACUGCAUACUAAACCUAACCUCUCUUCAAGAAUUGGAGAUUAGAAAAUGUCCAAGCAUUAGUGUAUCCGUUUCGGAAGUAGGUUUUCCCACCAACCUAACAUCACUUUAUAUUGAUGGUAUGGUGUUGUUUAAUGAGGCCUUUUUUAAGUGGGGAUUGUACAAGCUUACCUCUCUUAAAGAACUUGAAAUUUUCGAUGGCUCUUCGCAUGUGGUGUCCUUCUCAGAGAUGAUGCUACCUGCCUCUCUAACUAGCCUCUCCAUCAGAUACUUCCCAAAUUUGAAAUGCUUAUCUUCCAAAGGCUUUGAAAACCUUGCCUCUCUUGAAUAUUUGGUUAUUUGUAAUUGUGAAAAGCUCACGUCCUUUCCAGAUGAUGGCUUCUCUCCCUCACUCCUACAGCUUUCCAUCCGAAAGUGUCCUCUACUGAAAGAACGUUGCAAGAAAGAUCGAGGACCAGAGUGGUUCAAGAUAGCCCACAUCCCUCGCGUUGAGAUUGAUGAUAGGUUCAUCAAUGAUCCAGAAGAGGAGAAUCGGUGAAUCCGAGUAUUGUUUGAUGCAAGUCAAGUUUCAAGAAACAAAUCCAAAGGAUCGUAGGUGUUUGUUAAAAUGCCCAAGUGACCACGUAGAGAGAGGAGGACUCCUCAAAAAAUAGGUGAAGAAGUGGAAGGGAUUAUCAUAACGUUGAAUCCCCAUGAACAAACUGAUUUCGGAUUAUGAACAUAAAGAGGUCAAAGCCAAAGUUUUCAAUAAUGAAAAUGUGCAUCUUGGAGAGGAUAUUGGUGAUAAGGAGAAGAAGACAUUAAGGAUACUUUAUCCUUUGAGUUGUUCUGCUGGAUUGGUCGCUCAAGACAUUUGGUCGCUACCCGGACAUGAUUAAAAAAAUUUGAUCACUUCUUAGGGACUCGAUAUGAAUGAUUCUGAUCUAGUUCAUGACCUAUUAGAAGUGGAAGGCACUCUGGUGGGAUCCUAACAGACAAAAAGAUUGCGGUUAGUUUGAUAAUGAUCGAGUGACAUUGCUUCUUUGGCCCGAACGAAAGAAUCCCUUAGAUAGGAUGCAAAAUAGAUUUUGUUCUACCGUUGAUCAGAGAUUUCUCUAUGAAUAACUCAGAAUUUGAAGACGGGGAAUAAAUGCAGUAUCCCCAUGAACGAAUUGAUCAGGAUUAUUAAUAUAAAGAGAGACGACGGCUGCGUUCCUCCAAGUGCUGUUUGACCGACUAGCAUGUCCAGAAUUGCUGAACUUUGCUCGGCGACAGGGACUCGAGAAAAAGCCGGAAAUUUCGAGCAAAAUAUUGAAAAGAAUUGAGGCAGUCCUUGAUGAUGCGGAUGAGAAGAGGGCAGUGAAAGAUUGGCUGGAUGAUCUCAGAUGCUUGGCUUACGAUUUGGAAGACAUUUUGGAUGAGUUCGCCAUUGAAGCUUUGCGAUGCAGAUUGACGGGAGGGAGGAAAUCAGGGCAGCACAACUCAUUUAUGGUACGGAAACUCAUUUCAUUUUAUGAUCAAAUAGGCUGAAGUCAAAGAUACAUUAGAUCCAUGCUCGAUUCAAACAUCACUUGCAACAAAAAGUUGAACUGAAUUUGGGAGAAAAUGUUCGGAGGAGGUGUCCUGACACAAAACGGAGACUAGCCCCAACUUCUUUAGUGUUUAUGGCAGGGAAGAAGAUAAAUAGGAUGUGCUUGAUAUGUUGCUGACUGAAAAACAUGGUGAUGCUCUAGUCUAUGUGAUUCCUAUAAUUGGUAUGGGACCAUGGGUGGUAUAGGAAAGAUAACUCUAGCCCAGCUUGUAUACAAUGAUGAAAAAGUGCAAAGUUUUUUUAUCUCAAAGCAUGGGCUUGUGUU